AUGGCUUCGCUUAUACCGCCAAAGAAGCCUCGCAAGCCGGGCAUGCCCAAGCUCAGCAUUCCAGCCAGGCCAACCUCCUCUUCAUCAGCACCCGGCGGCUCGUUUCAACGCGAUGAUACUUUGUUCGACACUCCUGCUGCCGCGACUACAGAGGGCAGGCCUCAUCUUCAACUGCAAACACAGAAUUCACAACGGCCGCAGCCUUCACUGAUGAUCCCGCAGGCCUCCUCGUCCUCCCUCUCCUUGGGCGGCCACGGAUACCAAGAUGAAGGCUACGAUGACGGUCAUCCUGGCGUGCUCAACGCGAGCGCCAACACCAUCUAUCCGGACACUGUGCCGCAUCUCACGAAUGCGCAGAUGCAGAGCGCCAUUACAGACGACCUGCGGCGCGCCAUCGGCGGCAUGUCCAUGACCGAUUCCGAGGGCGAGCGUCUCGACGCCAACGGACUCAGGAUACCUGUCACGGGCUCGAACGGAUACUGGAUGACCAAUGACUCGGCGAGCGGCAGCAACAGUGGUAACAGCCGCUCUUCCAAUACGGGCAGCUCAGAGGCAGGCGGCGUCGAAGCUUCAUCACAAGCAUCUUACAAUCGCGCCAGGGCAGAUUCAAGUGCUUCGACAGCAUCGAAUCGAGCCAGCACGUCAGGAGGGCACGAUGAUGAACUCGUCCUGGCAGGCAACUUCGAGAUCCUCUCUCGGCUCGGUGAAGGUGCAAGUGGCGAGGUGCACAAAGUUCGACAUCGCCCUACAGGACUGAUCAUGGCGAAAAAGACCAUGUCCACUUCGCCCAACCCGGCCAUUCACCGACAGAUCCUUCGCGAGCUCGCCUUCAACCGCUCCUGUCACUCGGACUACAUCGUGCGCUACUAUGGCGCUUUCCUUGAAGACCAAGAUACAUCGAUUGCGAUCUGCAUGGAGUACGCAGAAGCAGGCUCGCUGGAUGCCAUCUACAAGAAGGUCAAGAGCCGCAACGGUCGGACGGGCGAAAAGGUGCUAGGCAAAGUAGCCGAGUGUGUGCUGAAAGGCCUGAGCUACUUGCACGAACGCAAGAUCAUUCACCGCGACAUCAAGCCCAGCAACAUCGUCGUGACGCGCGAGGGUCAGAUCAAGCUGUGCGACUUCGGCGUGUCCGGCGAGCUGAUCAAUUCGGUCGCUGGCACCUUCACAGGGACAAGCUACUACAUGGCACCCGAGCGCAUUCGAGGUCUAGCCUAUACCAUCACGUCCGAUGUCUGGUCGCUGGGUUUGACCAUCUUGGAAGUGGCAAGCAAUCGCUUUCCUUUCCCAGCCGAGGGCGAGCCUCCACUGGGACCCAUCGAUCUGCUCUCGUACGUGGUCACCAUGAAGGUACCCGAGCUGCAGGACGACGAAAAGGCAGGCGUCAAGUGGUCUCGAGCUUUGCGUGAUUUCAUCGAGCGCUGUCUGGAGAAGGAGCCGACGAAGCGUCCUGGACCACACAAGAUGAUCAGCCACCCGUUCAUUCGCAAGUCGGAGACGCGACAGCCGCAGCCUGACAUUGCCAAAUUUGUGGCUGAUAUCUACGGCUGGAGCUAUCUGCCUUCGUCGAUUGCGAGCCAGCAGCAGCAGACACCGACGCAGGCGACGUCGACGGGCACGUCGUUGGGUAGAAUCCCGAGCGUGCGGUCUGCACCGGUAGCUGCGGCUGCUCUGGCGGCGGCGACGGGCCAGCAGCCGAGGCAGUCAGUAACGCCACAGGGCCUGACCAUGUCACGGACGUCAUCACUCGGGGCAUCACCGUCUCUCACGCCGGUCGGACAAGAACCUACACAAAGUGGGAGGCUGCGUGCUCUGCCAAAGAUCUCCCUUGCAGUCGAUGGCGGACGCUCACAUCAGCAGCCAGAGGAGCCGGCAGCCGAAUCAGCUGCUGUCGCUCCUUCGUUCGGGGCAAGGCCGAGAUCCAGCAGUCAGCAUCGAAGUCAAGAGGAACGACUAGCGGCUAGGAUGCGAGAGGCUGACGUGGGAUUGGUAGGCAGCCCGACGACCACGACUGAUGAGGACGAGGCGGGACGUGCUUAG